GAAGACCGACCAACACCCAAUGAUAAUGUUCUAUGGAAAAUGUAAAUAAGUUUUUUACUGUCCUUGUAAUGCUUCGAACCAAGCAUUAUAUGUUUUCAGAUUUUCCAGCAUACGCAUACGGUUUAUUGAUGGAAAAUUCGGGAAUAACACCAUAAACUGGAUGACCAUAUAAUAGACCAAUGGGUAACUGAUUGAAGUAAUUAGUUACAUUGGGGAUUUUCUGGAGUUGUUCGCGGUUCAAUCAUGUGUGGCUCUUGUAUGUCCUCUACAAUCAAACGUAAGCCUUUAUUAUCCAUCAAGUGGACGAUCACCUAGAAACUCACCUGUAGCCUUUUUUUGCUAUAAAAACUGCACCGUUUAUCGAUGAGUAUUUCGAGCGAAGUUAGAGCAAUAGUUCAUCACGCAAAGAAAAUAGUACUAACAUCGAAAACACCACAGGAGCUCAUUAAAGUUGUCCAAGCGUUUUUGAAAUUGCUAGACAAAGAUGUACGGUUUGACACUCUUCAAGAUGACGAAGAAAUGGAAGAUUUUAUUCUUUCUGGUAUUCACUAUACGCCCGAAUUUCGUCAGGAAUUCAAAGGUCAACACUACGGUAAUUUUUGUGAACAUUUAAUCAGUAAAUGUGAUCCUGUAUUUUUAAAAGAUGACCAGUUUAGGAAGACUAUAUUCAAAUUAUUCCUGCUUGGACCCAGUGAAUCUUCUUUGCUAGCCUUAGUAUCUUCAUUAACCUCGUUAAAGCACACUGAAAAGCUACACAUUGUCGUUUUGAUUCUUGAUAAUUUUGUAUCUGAGAACAAACUCUAUGAGAUGUUCCUUUCUCAUUGUUAUCCUGAGAAUUCAUCCAUACUAUCAGAUCAACUAAUUACAGUGAUAAGCUCGUUACCAGAUAAAUUAGCUAAUUGGAUGAAACUGGUAUUAAAUGCUAAGUUUCAUCCAAUGGCCUACUAUGUAAUGCUUGGUAAACAAAUUUUAAAAGUCUUAAGCAGUAUUUAUGAAAUUAAUUUAAAAUGUACAAAGUACACCACACUUUUUCUUUCCAAACUCAUUGGUAAAAUUGCAAGUCGUGGUUAUGCCAUGCCUUUGUUUGAGGUUCUUCUACCUCAGUUGAAAACAUGGUGUUACACUAGCCCAUUGUGGUCAAACAUCUGUUCAGCACUAAUUGUGAAUGUUCCAGAAACAUCGCUUGAGGCAGUUAUUGAAUGCUUAUUAAAGAAAAUAAUAUUUUACCCAUUUUUUUGCAAGAUAUUGAAGGAUAGUGUACUUGAAAAUGCCAUCAUAAAGCAUCUUUUGACUCACAAAUUCCUGUUUUUGAGAUCUUAUAAAGAUCAAAACAUUCUUGAGAACAUAAUCGGUUACCUAUCUGGAGAUACUCGAAGGGCAUUGCUUAUUGAAAUCCACAAUGCAUUGCUAACCAAUUGGAGUGAUUCAAAUACUCUUAAACAUAUGUCAUAUGAGCGUCAUUUUUAUGUAACAGAAGCUGUAAUUUUAGCUAGUGUUCAACUAAACAAGACAGAAAUUUCCCAGCAUAAAAAUGAACUAAUCCACAUCAUGUUAUCUGGUGUCCAAACUCACUUGGAAAGUUCAGAUUCAAAGAUUCGUCAGCUGGGCAUGUUUACUGCUCAGAGUGUGAUGCCAUGCCUAACACCAGAUGGAACUAAGUUGAAUUUUGAAAUAGAGGACAAUGAGGAUAUAAUGAGAUUAAAAAGACUCGCAUCCUCUCCUAAAUUUGGCCCUCAUUACGACCGCCAAAACUUUUUAACUAUGGAUGAUCAAAGUCUUUUAAAAAUUGUCAGUCAAAAUGAUUCUGAGAAGAAAUUGGAGAAGUGCAUCCCUGGUAAUGAUAAAGAAAAUAUAGAUGCAUCCGAGGUUGUAGAUGAAGAAUAUAAUGACGACUCAGAUGAUUUACAACCGUAUGAAAUGAGUGAGGAAGAUAAUGAACUUAUUGAAGGAAUACGUCCACCUAAAUAUAUAUCACAAUGUAUUGAUGGCUUGCUUUCUCAUGAUGAUCCUAAACGACACAUAGCAUCAUUAUGCGUCUUGAAGAAAGUAGUUAAAAAAGAUCAUUAUAAUCUUAAGCAUCAAUGCGUACAACUUGUUACCAUUCUCUUGCAUCUUGAUGAUAAAUACUCGUUACCAGAUUAUAACGAACUUCGAUUUUCCGCUAUGGUCAACAUCACAGUUGCAUAUCCUGUUAAAGUGGCUGAAUACUUAACAAAAGAGUUCUACGAGCAAAACUAUUGCUUACGGCAGAGAAUUGAUAUUUUGGACGUACUAACGGCUGCUGCUGUACAUUUGUCAAAAUCUGAAGAAAAUGAGAAAGAUAAUCCGAUGUUCUUAUCAAAUCAAGGCUCAGUUAAAGAAAAUCCAGGUCAACCUUGGAAAUGUAUUGUCGAAGAACGGAUUGAAAAGAAGACCAGAAGAUUCAGUAAAAAAUCCUCUAUUCCUACCCCAAAAUCUUCGUCAAAUCGUUUCGGAAAUCUUGGUGGAUAUUUCUUUUUUCCGUUGUUGAAAGGUUUCGAUAGUGCUGUUAAUACUUUUGAUCUUCUUGGAAAGGACUCUAUGGUACUUGGUUGCUUAGCAUCAUCUUUAGGAAACGUCAUGUAUUGUGCUAGGGGAACACUUAUUACUGCAAAAAUGGCGCGUGCAUUGCUGGAAUUUGUUUGGGUUUUGCGAUUUCAUAACGAUGCUUGUGUUAGACAAGGACUUCUGUUUUCUUUAGCAAUGACGCUAGUUAGUGCUUCUGGAUACUUUCUCUUUACUGAGUUACAAAACGAGCUGGUUGAAUGUCAAAACUGGUUGGACGAUGUAGCUAAAGACGAUCCUAGCACAGCUUGUCGUGAACUUGCUGUAAGAAAUUUAUUUUUAAUAAGACAGAUUUUUGAAAAGCAGUUUAAUCCUGAUUAGAGCUCUUUGAACUUAUUGCUUUAUGUAGAUGGUUGGAAUUGCGCAUAUUAUCAAUAAGAAUUUUGUUUCUUGCUCGAUAA